UGAACUAAUUUUGGACUGAAGUACUGAAUACCUGUGGUGAUCUGGCAAAACAAUCAGGCAACCCUCAACAUUGCAACACCCACCACGGUCCGCCGUCCUCGUAUAUCCAGAAAAUGUCUUCGAGUAUUUUCGCAGAAUGGUUACUCAUUCACUACGCGUCGAUUAAGAAGCGAUCGCCAAACGAAGGUCGCAGACGAUGGAAACUUCAGGUCGCACAAAAGUUUUGGGCCCCGGGCGAGAAAACGCAUUUAAAUGUAUCUCAGACCACUAGUGCCGCUGGUACUGAUGACAAUGCGGAUUUCUAUAUGGACAGUGAUCCUUUUGACGAAGCGUCAGCUGACAGAGAAGAGCUGGGAAUCCUUUUGCGAACUGAUUUUUCCGAUGAGGCUGCUUGGCUAGCUUUCUGCAGUCGACUUGAAGAAGGAGAGAAGGAGUUUACAGUCAGCCCUUUGGAAGAAGAUCCAGACACAAUAAUGGUCGAUCAACUUGAACCCAACAAUGCAAGUCCGAGUGCUGUAACUACGACAGCAGAAGAUGACAGCCAUGAAUCUGAGGAUGAGAACUCCCCCAGUGCAAUCUUUCACAUCGUCAAUCCAUCUUUACCCCAGGAACGUGCUCUGCUAACCAACAUCUCAAAUCUUGCGGCGCUUCGCUUCUUUAACGACGUGGAUGUCAGACAAGCCCCCACUCCUCCACCAGAUGCCAAACGCGUCAGGCCUCCAAACAGAUUAGUCGACUCAGGUGGUUGGCAGGAGGUCUAUGUGGGAAAGAACUUGUGGAUAUACGACGCCAAGUCCAACAGUGAUCAAUGCGUGCGAGUGGUCAGUCAGAGCAGCUCGGACAUGUAUGGCACAGCAACGGCCGAUAGCUGGAGAGCUAGGGUAUCUCACAUCUGCGAACUGCAAGUAAACCUGUCUUCUGGCGCGAUGAAGAUCGACUUCGGAGGCCUGGAUCGCUGGGAUUAUGCGGAACGUCAACGAAACAUGCAGGAAGCUGAGACUCCAGAAGUUUUGUGAAUGUUCAUUAAGUCAUAGAUUCUACCAGGAAUGGAGAGAUGCAAUGUUUUUUUUUAAGAUGCAAGCAGCCAGCUACAGUAAAAACGAUGCAUAGUAAACCUCAAGGUGUCCUCUGCCACGCAACUUCCCAAGAGGAUUUUAAGAGGUGACAGUCCAGACA